GAGAUCAACACCACCUACCUCUUUGACUCGGGUGAAAUAUACAACAUGCCCGACUUGCACUCACUCCCCGAAAAUUGGUGGCCCUCAAAUGCGAUCCGCAAUAAUGGUCCAGACGCCCUGGUUAUCGAACGAUUGAAACUUCGUGAGCUCGCAGAGGGCUGGCCAUGCUACCGCGAUGCCUGCGAGUGGGAAAACUUCGAAUCGAUAUUCCACGAAGGCGCCUACGUAUACACGACGUGGUCAGGCCGCGUGCUAUACAGCGACUUCAUCAACGGAUCAAAAGCCGGCAUGGACAAAGGAGCAUUCAUCAUGCACCGCUGCCACGGCACGACCUCAGACAUCAGCCCAGACGGCAAACGAGCAGUCACUAAAAUGAAAGCGACCAUCACGCAACGAUUCAAUCUAGAUGGAGUGGAGGUAGAUGCAGAAGCUGAUUGUCGGUUCUGUUUUUUCUUUGAGAAGGUGGAUGGACGGUGGGGUGCACGCUUCGUGCGUCAUUGGUACGAGAAGGAUAAGCUUAUUCCUGUUAUUGCGGGCCAGGUGCCUAAGUUGGAUCUGGAGAAGCUGAAUUCUUAUCCUGAGGGGUAUAAGUGUCUUGCUUAUUGCCAGGAGGCGACGAUGGGGGUGACGGUGUUGAAGGAUAUGCCAGGGCAUCGAAGACAUGCGGGGACGCCCGCUGGUGACAAGCACGAUUUACUAUAUCGACAGAGCAAGACUUGGGUUGAGGGCGGGGAGCUUGAGAUAUGA